CUGCUGGUGCUUCUUCAUCAACUCUCUCCCUCUGCAGGGCAGCAACUUCCUGCCUGCCCAUGACCUUACCAUGCCAGGACUUCUCUUCACUGACCUCCCUCAGGGGAGGCAGCUCUCCUCAAGGCCGCCUGCCUGCAAUCAUGCAGGCCUCUCUUAGCAAACCUGUCCCUUUCCGGGCAGCUCUUCCUGCCUGCUUGUGUCUGUGCAAGUGUCCUUCAUUCUCCUGUCCCUUUCCCUAAUAAACCCGUUCUUUAAAUAUAACUAAUGUCUCUGUCUCGAGGAGAAACUCCCUGGGAAACUUGCCGCGUGUCGCUGAAAGGGGAACUCUGGUGAAACCUUUUCCAAAGUGAACCCAAGGACCCCGCACUCAAAACCCACAGACUCCAAAAACGACAACACUGUGACCCAAUGAGAACACUCAGAUUGGCAUUCACAAUGCAACCCUGUGCAGAUUUGGAUUUUCUUCCACCAGUCUUUGGUCUAUAACAGGAGUGAGUGCUCCUUACUCAGCAGCAGGAGUACCCGACUGUGGGUCGAGACACCCUUUUCAUGGGAAAACCUUGUUUGCAGUUUCCACCACUGAUCCAGACCACAAACUCUUUCCAUUCAUCAUCCAGAGCAUCAGCAGCAACUUCUAUGGCCAUAGGCUUUUCAUAAAAGGCUAGUGUGAGAAACACCAGCAGUAGGACCAGCUCAGAUCUUCAGUAUGGCAAAGCAUGCAAGAAGCUGUUGAAUUAGACCCAUUUCCUAUAGAUGAGAAACCAUAUAAGCAGUGGUGGAGAUAAUAGUACUGAUCUUCCUCAUGAAAUAGUUUUGUGAAUUUAAUGAAUUAUUUCAUGUAAAAGUAACAAGAGGGCUGAAUGCUCCUUCAGAGUCACCACUCUGCCUUAUAUUUUCUUGUAUUAUCAAAGUCGUCUACACAAUGGUUUACAUGAUGUCUGGUAGACUUUGAACCAGUUGGUCUUUUGUUGUGUUGACAGCACCGCACUGACAAAUAGGAGUUGUGGAGCAAGCUACAAUGCAGGAUGUUGCUGAAAGAGUAUUUAUGAGCCUCCAUUUAUUGUACUACUGCAGUGAACCAAUCUUGGAUGUGAAAAUUGCCUUUUGUCAGGGAUUUGAUAAACAAGUGGAUGUGUCAUAUAUUGCCAAACAUUACAACAUGAGCAAAAGCAAAGUUGACAACCAAUUCUACAGUGUGGAAGUGGGAGAUUCAACCUUCACAGUUCUCAAGCGCUACCAGAAUCUAAAGCCUAUUGGCUCUGGGGCUCAGGGAAUAGUUUGUGCUGCGUAUGAUGCUGUCCUGGACAGAAAUGUGGCCAUUAAGAAGCUCAGCAGACCCUUUCAGAACCAAACACAUGCCAAGAGAGCUUACCGGGAGUUGGUCCUCAUGAAGUGUGUGAACCAUAAAAACAUUAUUAGUUUGUUAAAUGUCUUCACACCCCAGAAAACACUGGAGGAGUUCCAAGAUGUUUAUUUAGUAAUGGAACUGAUGGAUGCCAACUUGUGUCAGGUGAUUCAGAUGGAAUUAGACCAUGAGCGAAUGUCUUACCUGCUAUACCAAAUGUUGUGUGGCAUCAAGCACCUUCACUCUGCUGGAAUUAUUCACAGGGAUUUAAAACCAAGUAACAUUGUAGUCAAGUCUGAUUGUACACUGAAGAUCCUCGACUUCGGUCUGGCUAGGACGGCAGGCACAAGCUUCAUGAUGACUCCUUACGUGGUGACGCGCUAUUAUAGAGCCCCUGAGGUCAUCCUGGGGAUGGGCUACAAGGAGAAUGAUAAUGGGGAGAAGUUCCAUAAAGUCAACUGUGAGUCAAUACAUGGAAUGUUUCUAGGUGGUUUUAACAAUGAAAAAGAAUUGCCCAUUGACAUGUGGUCAGUAGGGUGCAUCAUGGGAGAAAUGAUAAAAGGUGCAGUGCUGUUUCCUGGCACUGAUCAUAUUGACCAGUGGAACAAGGUGAUUGAGCAACUAGGAACACCGUGUCCAGAAUUCAUGAAGAAAUUGCAACCUACUGUAAGAAACUAUGUGGAGAAUCGGCCCAAGUAUGCAGGACUCACCUUCCCCAAGCUCUUUCCAGAUUCCCUCUUCCCAGCGGACUCUGAGCACAAUAAACUCAAAGCCAGCCAAGCCAGAGACUUGUUGUCAAAGAUGCUAGUGAUCGACCCAGCAAAAAGGAUAUCAGUGGAUGACGCCUUACAGCAUCCAUACAUCAAUGUCUGGUACGAUCCUGCUGAAGUGGAGGCGCCUCCACCUCAGAUAUAUGACAAACAGUUGGAUGAAAGAGAACACACCAUUGAAGAAUGGAAAGAACUUAUCUACAAAGAAGUAAUGAAUUCAGAAGAAAAGACUAAAAAUGGUGUAGUAAAAGGACAACCUUCUCCUUCAGGUGCAGCAGUGAACAGCAGUGAGAGUCUCCCUCCAUCCUCGUCAGUCAACGACAUCUCCUCCAUGUCCACCGACCAGACCCUGGCAUCUGACACUGACAGCAGCCUGGAAGCCUCGGCAGGACCCCUGGGUUGUUGCAGGUGACUAGCCGCCUGCCUGCGAAACCCAGCGUUCUUCAGGAGAUGAUGUGAUGGAACACACACGCAGACAUGCACGCACACACACACACACAGACACACAGUGACAAGAAAACCUCAAGGGAGAAAAAUCUAAGUCUAAAAUUAAAACAGAUCUUUCAGCCUGCUUCUUCUCCAGAGUUCUGUAUUGCAGCUAAGCCAAAUGUGUAUUUAACUUCUAGUUGCACUUGCUUUGAUCUUCUUCCAACGAUGCUUACUACAGAAAGCAAAUCAAACACAAUUAGAGAAGCCUUUUCCAUAAAGUGUAAUUUUAAUGGCUGCAAAACCAGCAACCUGUAAUUGCCCUUCCAAAUGGCAUGACAAGGUGUGCAGUGGCCCCAUCAGCAUGUGUGUGUCUCUAUCUUGCAUCUACCUGCUCCUUAUGGCCUAGUCAGAUGGAUGUAGAUACAGAUCCGCAUGUGUCUGUAUUUAUACAGCACUAUUUCCUUAGAGAUGCUAUUGUCAGUGUCCUCAGGGCUCAACCAAGACAUCAUGCACUGGGGUACCACAUGGUCCAUUUCAUGUGAUCUAUUACUCUGACAUAAACCCAUCUGUAAUAUAUUGCCAGUAUAUAAGCUGUUUAGUUUGUUAAUUGAUUAAGCUGUAUGUCUUAUAAGAAAACAUGUAAGGGGGGAAAAUAUGGGGGGAGUGAGCUCUCUCGGACCCUUGAAGAUGUAGCUUCCAAAUUUGAACUGAUUAAAUGGCACCUGUAUACCAA